CGGUCUUGACAGCAUAAUGCGCGCUCUCGCGUUCCCCGGAUGCGUGUUUACAGUCUCCUCUCUCCACCCUUGAAAUGAGAGAGGUGCUAGGUGGAAGGGACAUCGUUUUACAAGGAAACCUCCACGAAGGAACAGCCAAGCGCGAGAGCUUUAAACAUACGGAGUCGAGUCUCUGAGGCGCGUGGAGAAAUCGAUAUUAGACACCCAAGGUCAAUUAUCUCUCUGAAUAAACUUCAGACACGGACAAACCACGAACCUGUGAGGAUGGAGCAGGCAUACGGGGCUGGCAAGGCUGGCGGAACCUUCGACCCAAUUACCUUCAUUCAGCAACCGCAGGCCAUUCUUCGUUUCGUGUCAUGGAUCUUUUCCAUCGUGAUUUUUGGAUGUAUUGCUAAUGAGGGAUAUGUGAACCCUCCAGACUCACCAGAGGAGUUUUGUAUCUUCAACAAGAAUCAGAAUGCCUGCAACUAUGGUGUUGGGAUGGGUACGCUGGCUUUCCUCUGUUGCGCUGUUUUUCUGGCUCUUGAUGUGUACUUCCCUCAGAUAAGCAGCGUCAAAGACCGCAAGAAGGCCGUGUUGGCUGAUAUCGGUGUUUCGGCGUUCUGGUCUUUCAUGUGGUUUGUGGGAUUCUGUUUCUUGGCCAAUCAGUGGCAGGUGUCCAAACUAGAAGAUAACCCCCUGAAAGAGGGCGGAGACGCUGCCAGAGCCGCCAUAACCUUCUCUUUCUUCUCCAUAUUUACAUGGGCUGCUCAAGCUUUCUUAGGAUUCCAGAGGUACAAGCUAGGAUCAAGCUCCUCUCUCUUCUCUCAGGACUAUAUUGAUCCAACCCAAGAUCCAGCAGCAGCGCCCUCUACAGGUACAGAAUAUACUGCAUACAACGCUGACAUGGAGGCCAAUUACGAAGGCUCUGGUGGGUACCAGAAUGAAGACUACUAAUGUGGCAUGUAAGGAUGUACGCCACAGCCUUAACAAGCUAGGCUGGUAGGGUUACAUGGGGAAAUGGGAACAUUUGGGUAACAUGAACAUUGGGAGUCCUUUUGGGGAUUAUGGGGACCAAAGCAGAUAGGAAUUUAUGGUGUUUGAGGGAAAGAGAAAUUCAGGGGUGUGGUUGGUGCUAUUAACCCCUUGUGUAUUUUAUACUGUAUUUUAUACUGUUUAAAGAGUCUUAAUUUAGGCCUAAUGUUGGCACAAGUUUAUCAGAAACCGCAAAGCAUUGGAUUCACUUGAUUGGAAGUACGUAGAAGAUUCUGACUGAACGUUUAAAAACGUGAAAAUAUCCAAAUUUUAAAAAAAAACAUCCUAACCAAACCAGCUGACUACCAACAUUAGUUUAGUCAAUGAAACUUACCAGAUUUGUCUUAAUGGUACCUGUAAUGAAACCUGACCAAACAAAAUGCUUUGAAAGGACAUUAUAUUUUGUUUUACCUCUGUGCUGCCAUUUGGUCAAAAUCUAUUUACUCUGGAAUUCUGAAGAUUGAAAAUAUUCAAUCUCUCUAACUGGCAUGAUAAAUAACAUUGUAUGGUCUGUAAUCAAUGUAAUGCAGAAAGUAAAAGUAAAUAAGUGAAAUAUAGCUUGCGGAAAGACAAUUUGGUUAUGAGAGGAAUAAGUUUAUAAUUUUUGUGCUAAUAGUAACAGGAACUCAAUUAUAUUGUUAUAGUCCACACUGAUGCCUCAAAUUGUUAUUUUUGCUCGAAAAUUAAAUUACAAUCUUUAAUCUUUUGGAGUGAUUAGUGAACUUAGUAUAAUGAUCUACAAUGUAAAAAAAAAUAUUUUGUGGUUCAACUUUAAGUAAGUUACAUGGCUGCGCUCAAAUUUUGAGUUGCUUUGACUUAACCCUGGAGAACCCAAGAAGAUUUUGGGUAGCAGCAAUUAACAGCGGCCAAAUUUGACCCCUUGGGUUCUCCAAGGAUAAAAAUAUUAGUUGACACAAUAUUUUUAAAUAACUUUUUGAGUCAACUAAUAUUUUUAAGUCAAAUCAAUUAAAUUUUUUAAUGCAACUAGGCAAGUUGAACCAACAAAUCAUAAUUUACAGUGUAUUCAUAUUAUUUGUGACCAUGGACCACAAAACCUAUUUCUGAGUCAUGCGAGUAUUUUUUUUAUUGAGAUUUAUACAUCAUCCGAAAGUUAAAUAAAUACGUUACCAGUGAUCUGUGGUUUGUUAGGGGGACAAUAUUUGGCAGAGAUAAACAAAUGUGGAAUCUGAGCGUGCAAAAAUAAAAAAUAUUGAUAAAAUCGCCUUUAAAGUUGUCCUUAGCAACGGCAUCCACUUACAAAUUUUUUUGACAUAUUUACAGUAGGAAAUGUACAAAAUAUUUUCAUGGAACGUGAAAUUUACUUAUUAUCUUAAGUAAUAUCUCUAAUAAAAAUUUAUAAUUUUGACCCAUACAAUGUAUUGUUGGCUAUUGCUAUAAAGUGCGACUGGUUUUGUGGUCCAGGGUUACAUUUGUGAAUGCUAACAGGUUCCUUUGUGGUAGUUUUACCAUAUUCAUAAAAGUUUUGGGAGGGUAGACUAAAAUGUUUUUUUGUCAUAGUUACUGUAAUGAAUCUUGAAUCAGUAGAGUAGGAGAGUUAUACUGUACAUUACAAAAGUCUACUGGGUGUUUAAAUGAUUAAAAAUUAUAAUAUGUAUACUUGAUUAUAUAAAACCAGCAUAUUUUUAUUAAUUUACAAAGAUGUAAUAUAAUUAUAUAAUUUCUUUAUAAAUUUAUUGACAAAAUAAGUCGUAUAAAUGAACAAUCAUAAUGUGUAUAUUUAUUGGAUUUAAACUUGUAAAGUGUAGCAUCAUUGUUCUCUUUAGCAAGUUAAAUAUUGUUUUCUGAAGCAGGAAAGCUUUUUAUCUCUUUAACUUAUUAAAAGGAACGCUACAAUUCAAUCGGUAUAUUAUAUAGAUGGUGUAUCAAAUGUGUUAUGUACUGUAUAUGUGCAUUUGUGGAUCGGAAAUUACAAAAUAUGUGACUGAAUUUAAAUCAUUAGGUUUAAAUGGAUUCAUGUAUUUUGUCCUGUUGUGUAUGUUGCUUGUCUGGUCUGAUAUAACUGAUAAUAAAAGACAUUGACUGAUGGA